CAAAAAUAUUCAACAAAACGUCUUUUUAUCAUUUUUUUUUGGGAAAAAUUUAAUGGGACAAUAAAAAAAUUGAUGAACUUUCAACUAUAGAGAAUGUUGCGGAGCAUCUAUAGCCUCAUUCACAGAAUAUUCGACACCUCCGAAAAGAAGUACAAUAACACAAAAUCUCGUGCCGUUAUUUUCUGCUACACAAACUCUAUUGACGAUUCAGUUAAAAUGAAUAUGGAACUUAACGGGAAACAGCGCAAAAUUGCCAGAAAACCUUUGCAACACCACAAACCGCUCCAAAUUCAACCGAACACUGAGAAAACUUUCAAAAUUGAAACCAAUUCGGGUAAUGUCAUAUGCAAACACCAAAAGGAUAUUAAUAUAAUUCCUAUGGCCGGCAAAGACAAGGAAACUAGCUUGAGACGAUUGAGUUUUACCAAUAAUGAAGCAGAUGAAUUGAAGAACGUUGCCAAAGAAAGACCGAAAAGUGAAGGCCAUGGCGAUAUAAACGCAGAUGUACAGCCAAAUGCCAAACAGUUAAUUGAAAAAUACCCUGAAAAGCGUUUAGAAUUGGUUCCACCAGGCAAAGACCAAUUUACUUAUCUUAUGGAGCAAAUUACAAAAAUGAAAACUGGUUUGGAACGUCUUCAGGAAAUCGCUGUUCAGUUUAAUUGCUCCCAACGCUUUAAUGAAGAUAUUAAUUAUCUUAUCAAGAAUAUCCGACCUCAUUUGGAAAACCAAGCCAGGAAGAAAAAAGAAUGAUAUUCCACCAAAUGUAAACUAAAAUAUAUAUGAAUUUCUCAAAAAAAUCUCAGUGAUCAAUGUCCCCUUCUAAAUUCUCUAUUUUGGCCUAUAGUAUCCAAAGAAACUUGUAUAGUGACAAAUAAAACUACAUUUAUUUUUUUAUAGAUAAUACUAUUUUUUAUAUUUGUAGUGAUAACAAAACACAAAAAAAAAAAAUACAUAAAAAAAACUUUAAAGUCGCUAAAAAAUUUAGGAAAUAAUUUAACAAAGGUAAAAAGGAAAAAAAUCUAAAAAGAUUGAAUCAACAUAUUAUUUUCCUUCAAUUGAAGCAACUUUUAACAAAUGAAAAUUUCCAUAAAAUAUUCGAAAAAAAAAAAAUUAAAAAAUAAUGGAAACUUUGCCUAAGAGAGAAACAAUAAACAAUGAUAUAUUUACUUAAAAGAAAAAAUACACCUAUCAAGUCUAGUAUAAAUUAUUAUUACAUUAUUGGUAUCUUCUAAAAUACAUUUAUAAUUCUAAUAUUUUCACAGAUUUUUUUUAGAUUAUUGAACGAAAAUUAUUCGUUCUUUAGUUGUGUUAAUUUCUAUACAAAAUAUGUGUGUUGUUGAAUGUAUGGUUCCAUCAAAAAUCCAUAAUUAAGGAUUUUGUGAAAUUUGGGUUGGAAUUAUUCUUAGAAAAAAAACUUUUUUUUUCAAUAAUCACCCUGUGUAUCUUACCGCGUCUUUUUUAUUACAUCAUAAAAAAUUAUUUCAAACUAGGUAGGUGAAAUUUUUCUUGUUUCAAAGUUACACACACAUCAAAAAAACUAUCAAAAUGUCUAUUCCUAAUCUCCUAAUAUAUUACAAUCAAUGCGACAAUUGUAGUAAGACGGUGCAUACAAAAUACUUUUUUCGCCCUGUAACAGUUACUAAAUUAAAGUAAUAUUAAAAAUAAAGUGAACCGAAAAUCCAUCAUUUCCAAAUCAGUCUCUAAAAUGUGUUUUUUUAGAAAGUCUUUUCUUCCGUUUUUUCUGCGUCAGAAGAGAGAGCUUCUAUUAGUGCUUCUACACAGUUUUUGGGAAU